AUGUCGGAGAUCGAUUCAGACACAGACAACGACAGUAGUCACCGCCAAUUCUCCUCAUCGCCCGCAUCCCGCCACGGUCACCUGGACCCACCCCGACCGGGUGAAGAACGCAAAGUCACAUUUGUAGACAAGGAUGGCCAUGCCUCCACAUUCGAAGUAGCCGACGGCGACAACCUCCUCGACAUCGCACAAGCCAACGACAUAGAAAUGGAAGGCGCAUGCGGUGGAUCUUGCGCAUGCUCAACAUGUCACGUCAUAGUCGAAGACGAAGCCUACUACGACAAGAUGGAGGAGCCGGAUGAUGACGAGAACGACAUGUUGGAUCUGGCAUUUGGACUUACCGAGACGAGUCGCCUGGGGUGUCAGGUCAAGAUGAGCAAGGAGCUCGAUGGACUGGUCGUGCGCCUGCCGAGCAUGACGAGGAAUUUGCAGGCUAGCGAUUUCGACAGCAAAUGA